AUGGACGCAGCAGAUGACCGCGAAAUCAAGCUCCAGCGCGCAUCCGGCGAUCUCGUGAAGGAAUUCUCGGACAAAUUGCCAUCUCUGCUUUGGAAAACCCGCGCUUCCGAACAGGGUGAAAUCCGAGUCCCGCGGAGAUGGACGCAUGCCUCGAAAACAGAGAGACUCGUUAGCCUCGUGAGUUGA